AUGACAAACCACCUCAUUCUUAAAGUAUCCAAUGUUUUCGUAUACGUUUUAGUGUUAUUUAUAAACUACACUGGUAUAGUUGAUCCAGAGAACAAUCGUAGUCAUGAAGACGAGAGUAAUGAAACUUUACUUACCCCGGCCGUUUGGACUUUUAAAAUUUGGUUCCUUAUUUAUGGACUGUUGGGUGGCUUUGUUAUUUAUCAGUUCUUCCCACCUGCAAAUAGUGCGACUGUUGAGGGUAUUAAAUGGUUUCACGUUAUUGCCAGUAUCCUGCAUCUCAGUUUUAUAGUUGUUUGGCAUCAAAAAGUUUUAGAGAUCGUCGAAAUAGUUCUUCUCCUGUUAUUGUUGAUUGUUCUCUCGAAAAUCUAUAGCAACCUUGGUUUAUACCCGUCAGCAAACAUUUUUGACAGAUUAUUUAUUCAUUACCCGUUUGCAAUUUAUACCGCAUGGAUUGGAUUUGCAACCAUUGUUAAUUUCUGGUUAUUAAUUCCCGCGUUGAACCAAAUCUUGCCAUCUAUACUCGCAAUUGUUGCUAUCGGUGCAAUUGGUCUUCAUUUCAUUGAUUAUUAUCAUCGUAAUGAUUGGGUGUUCUCGGGUACCCUUGUUUGGGGACUUGCUGGAAUCGCGUUGAAUCAUGAAGAGGUCGAUGAGAAACCCGUUAUGAUUGCUGCUGCGGUUGCUGGUGGUGUUAUUGUUGGUGGAAUUUUGAGAUUUUGGAUUUAUCAGGUGGUCGCAUGGUGGCGAUUAAGACACGGUAGUUUGGAUGAGAGCUCUCCAUUGUUAGGAUAG